AUGUCGCCUUUCCGGUAUUCCAAAGUGAGCAGCGAAAGCUUUCAGGAUAGUUCUAUUGAGCACCAACGCAUACCUCCUCGGCAAAGCAGGUGCUGCUCAAUCUUUGAAAAGUUGGAAUUUCUUCGCUGGCCCGUCACAUACUUCUUGCUAUUCACCAUACUAUUAUGCGAACUGUCUAUGCUUCACAACCGACCAAAUGCAGUGCCAGUAGGAACAGAUUUCAACCGCGUUGUUCCCGUUUUUUCGAUCGAGAAGAAGAUUUUCCGCAGCGACAAGAGGUUCAGAUCCGACCACAAGACAAUUGAAUCCGUCAACGAAACAAGACAACAAUGGACUAAUCUUCUCCCCCUCGGCGCCGGCUUCAUGGAAGUCUCAGACUACAACUCGUACACCCUACCACCUCCAAUGCAUUUCCCCGAAGCCCCCGGCAAAGAAGUCUUCUCCCUCGCCGUCUUCCACGAGCUGCACUGUCUUAUGCACAUUGCUGCCUCCAUGGACGACCUCGUCAUGCAGAUCCGCAGAAAAGACUUCCAUCUCGAUGAAAGUUUCUUGUUGCAUAACGACCAUUGCUUCGAUUAUAUUAGGAAUGCUAUCAUGUGCUUUGGAGAUACGACACUUGAGGGACAGAGCCGCACGCCUGGGCUCGAGCAUGUGCCGGGUACGGAUGGGACGGGGGCGAUUCAUGUUUGUCGGAAUUUUGAUGAGGUGUCGGCGUAUGCGGAGGAGAAGAGGCUGAAUGAGGGAAGGGAACAUCUUUGA